GGUAAGGCGCUGCGUAACGCUGAGUUAUGAAUGAAUGACACCCUGCUUUGAUAGUGGGAGGCGUGUUUUACUCUCCCCACAUGCCAGAAACUAGCCUGGAUAGCUGGUCGUAUCUCCAGCGCCUCCUUCUAACCGGCUAGAGCCGUGCGUAAAAAUAAAUAAAAUAGAUCAAAAAUGCUGGCGAGCGCCGUGACGACCGCUCUGUUCCUGCUGUCGGGUUGGUGCUCCUCCGUGCCGGCCACGCGUGUCUCCUACUCCAACUUCUCCGUGGACAACGAGGUGCGCUCGAGCUUCAUCCAAAGGAGGUUGCGCAGCCAAGAGCGCAGGGAAAUUCAGCGGGAGAUCCUCUCCAUCCUGGGGCUGCCGCACCGGCCGCGGCCGCACGCUCACACCAAACACAACGCAGCUCCGAUGUUCAUGCUGGACCUGUACAACACCAUCUCCACGGAGGCAGAGGCGCGCAGAUACUCCCAGUACAGAGAGGUUUUACAGGGUCAGGCCUCAGCGGUGGUGAGUCCACUAGACAGCCGCUUCUUGGACGACGCAGACACGGUGAUGAGCUUUGUCAACCUCAUUGAUCUGGACCACGACCCUCUGCUCCAGCUGCACAGGCAUGUGUUUCGGUUUGAUAUCUCCCGUAUUCCGGAGGGCGAGGCCAUCACGGCGGCAGAGUUUAGAAUUUACAAGAAUUUCAUCCAGGAGCGCGCUGGGAAUGAAACCUUCAAAGUCAGUGUCUUCCAAGUCCUCCAGGAGCCCCCUGGCAGUGAAGCUGAGCUUUUGCUGCUGGACCAGCAAGAUGUUUGGGCUUCAGAUGAGGGAUGGCUUGUGUUUGAUCUCACAGCUACCAGUACCCUAUGGCAGCUCAGACCUGAACAGAACCUUGGACUGCACCUAGUUGUUGAGGACGGCCAUGGCCAGAAGAGGAACCCCCGAGGAGCUGGGCUGCUGACAGGGAGUGGGGCCAUUGACAAGCAGCCAUUUCUUGUUGUCUUUUUUAAAGUCAACGAGGUGCGAUUGCGCAGCACUCGCUCAGCAAAUGGACAAAAAGGAAGACAGUCCCACCGCUCCAAACAGCAGAAGGCUGUCCAAGAGGCACUGAAGGCAGCAGAGGCUGUAACAGAAACCCUUGGACUGUCGAAAGAGGCAUGUAAGAAACAUGAGCUGUAUGUCAGCUUCAGAGAUUUAGGAUGGCAGGACUGGAUUAUAGCACCAGAGGGCUACGCUGCUUAUUACUGUGAGGGGGAAUGUGCUUUUCCUCUCAACUCCGACAUGAAUGCCACCAAUCAUGCAAUCGUGCAAACUCUGGUGCACUUCAUCAACCCAGAGACAGUCCCCCAACCCUGCUGUGCCCCCACGCAGCUCCAUGGCAUCUCAGUGUUGUACUUCGACGACAGCUCCAACGUCAUCCUCAAGAAGUACCGCAACAUGGUGGUCAGAGCCUGUGGCUGCCAUUAAACAUUUUACCAACUUACAAAUGACUUUUGCAAGUCUGAAGAGAUGACUAAAGACAGAAGGAUGAGUCUCUGUUCGGCAAAAGCUUGUGCCACGGUACAAACUUAAUCUUGGACGAGUCAUUGUGACUAGGAGUCGCUACUGCAGACUGGAAGCUGCAAAGAGUUGUGAAGACUUUACAAGCACAAACUUAGAGGAAGUGUUCACAGUUUGCAUGGGGUUGCAUCUGAAGCAUCACAGACUGAAUUGCGAUUGUUAAAUAUCUUCUGGAAAACAAGAUUUUACUUAAAAACUUCAGCCAUAAUUGAGUGAAUCUGGGUUUACCAAGUCAGGAAUAAGAUAUGUGAGAGCUGGUGAAAGGAAGGUUUAUUCAGAUUAACACCCUCCAAAAAGGAGGCACAUAUUCCAAUUCUUGGCUAAUUCUCCAUUAGCUUUACAUUCACUGUGGCAUCUAUAUGUUUGUGCCAUGACACAACCUUUACGUUAUUCAACGUUGCCUUAAUUUGCACCACAAACUGGUAGAGGUGAUAGAAACAUCAAACUUCUGGUAAAUUCUUCAGCACAUUCCAAAGAUUCUUAGUUGGGUUGUGGUCUGACUUUAAGCUACUUGAACUUAAACCCAGUGAAUCCUUGCAGUAUUGGUGGUUUUCAAAAUGCAAAACAACUGUUUAAAUUUUCCAAUCCCUCGUGUUUUCUUCUUACCAUGUGGGUAGAGAUGCUAGUUUUACAAUUUAUCACAGUUAUUUUUUUAAAUAAUGACAACAUAUUUUUUUCCAGCCACAUUUCAUCCACAAGGAUUACAGUUCCUUAAUGAUAUUCCUAUUAACAAGAAAAGAAUAAAAUGUGUUGGAUGUUCCAACAGGCCAAUAAUUUGACCUAUCCUUUUUCCACCACCAAAGGAUAAAUGUUCUUACAUGAUUGUUUGUGAAUUGAGAAACUACUUACCACAUCAGCUAAAGAUCAACAGCUUGUAAUCCAUGCAGUAAUUAUCUAGCUGGAGGUAAUUACGUUUUUUCUUUGUUCAGUCCAGGUGGUGACAUUUCUUUGGACAAGCAAUGUAUAUUUUGAAAGGUUUCCGUAAUUCAUCUUCAUGGCACCCAUCACUUACAUGCAGCAAUUGCUUUGAGGUGUCAAACCAGAGCAGCAGAUCAGCUGUGUAUUUAUUUUGUCUCAUUAAAAAGGUCAAAUGGAAAAAACUGAUGCAGGUCUUGUUUUUAUCUGCAAUGACAUUUUUUUCCUUGGGUUUAUAGACCUUUAUAUUUCAGAAAUUGCACAUGAACAAAGUACUCAAAGCCAACUCUAAACCAUUAUUUCUAUUUACCUGAAAGUCUUUUUUAAUGUGAUCAUUAGUUUGCAAAACAUC